AUGAAUCGGGCUGAACAACUUAAAAUCGAAGGUAAUAAGGCUUACAAGAACAAUGAGUAUAAAAAGGCGGCAAAGAUAUAUCGAGAUGCAAUUCAGAUAGAUGUUUACAAUCCCACUUUAUACUCAAAUCGAGCGCAAUGCUUCUUACAUCUAGGGGACUAUGAAAGGGCCCUCAAAGAUACGACAAGUGGGUUGAAAUUAGGAAAUUCAGGCAGGGUGACAGUAAAGCUCAAUUAUCGACAAGGAAUGGCGCUAUUGGGACUCGGCAGAUUGCAGGAUGCAGAAGUGGCGUUUUGGAACGUUUUGCUGUUGGACCCUCAAAAUGAGAGGGCUAGAGAACAACUUGCAGGUUUGGAGGCUAAGGAGAGUUCAAUUAAUAGGGCAAAGAACAGGGGUAAUUCCAAUCAAUUUCUGAAUAAUGUUGAACUGAAUCAUUUAGACACCACUGCAAAUAUGCUGCCCAUGCAUUAUCUCACAGCACUAAAGCACGUAAGUGAGGACAAGAAAAUAAACGGAUACAGAUACAUUUUAGAUCUCAAGGAGACAACUUAUGUUCAACUUUUCAAAGACUCAGGAAUAGACACCGAGUUUUUAGAUUUUUAUUUGCAUGCGGCUCGCUGUGCGUUGGUUACGGAUAUCAUCGGAAAUCCAGAUCGUACUAUCAUGAACCAUUUGAGGUUAUUUGCCAGUUUUAAGCGAUUUGACUUGGCGAUGGAAAAAUGUGAUGUCACUCUAAAGCAACUGAUUUUGAAAGUAACAGAAGAGAAAUUUCCUCAAUUAAGGCAACAAAUUAGACAAUUUAUUAAAUAG